CGACUUUCCUUUAUAGCAAAAUUGUCGAUCUCGAACCCGCAAGGGUCAGUCGACUUUAUAACUAGACGCGUGAAAUGUGACUUACAUACCUUGUACAUAUCUGAAGAAAAGAUGUUUUGUGCCAAGAAUCCAGAAGUAGUCGAAGACAAAAAGAUUAUUAUUUGGCCGCAAUGGUUGGCUGCUCUCACAAUCAGUCUAGAAGCCAUCGUUAGUGGUCUGGCGACUGGUUGGGCUUCACCGUAUUUAGCACAACUAACAUCAGCGGAAACGGAUACUCCUUUGAAACUGACCUAUACCGAGGCAUCUUGGGUGGCAUCCUUUUUGAACCUCGGACGUCUGUUUGGGGCGCUCUUUGGUGCUCUUUGUCAAGAAUAUGUCGGACGAAAGAAGGUGCUUCUAUUAUCGAGCUUGCCGUUAGCCACCAGCUGGGUCUUCGACAUCUCCACCACGACGAUCACGACGUCGCUCUACGUUUCCAGAUUCUGUUCCGGAAUCGGAUCGGGCAUUUUGUGGACUACAGUGUCCUUGUACCUCGGCGAGAUCGCUGACCCUACCAUACGAGGCUCUCUGAUAUCUAUGAAUGUGAAUGUAGCAUCCAUGGGAAUAUUUCUGGGUAAUAUGAUGGGUCCUUAUCUAUCCAUGGAGAUGUUCGCUUAUGUGUGCCUCGUGCCGAAUAUCCUCUUUAUAGUCCUCUUCAGUUUGAUACCUGAGUCGCCCUAUCAUUACACUCUUUAUGGUAAUAUCGACAAGGCCGAGGCAUCUCUCAAGUGGUUUCGACGAAAAGCUGACGUUAAGGCCGAGCUGCAGCAGCUCCAGGACUUUGUUGAUGGCGCCAGAACCGCUUUCCUGCCGAAGCUUAAAGACUUUCUGUUGCCAGUGAAUCUGAAAAAGAUCCUGAUGUUAUUCGGCUUAAACGUUUUCGUCUACGCGAGUGCGUACAACACGAUGAAUUCUUAUGCUGAGAUCGUCGUCAUCAAGUCUGGAGUAAGCAUCACACCAUCGAUUGUGGUAAUGGCGUUGGGUUUCUCCACGAUUGUCGCCGGUUUCACCGCUGUCCUGGUGGUGGACAAGUUUGGCCGGAAGAAUCUGCUGAUCGUUUCCAGCAUCGGCGUCGCCAUUUCACUCAUCGUUCUUGGCCUGCACUUUUAUCUUCUUUCCCUGAAUUUUGAUUCUGAAAAGUUGACAUGGUUGCCGAUCACUUCGUUGCUAACGUUCAGUAUCUUCGUAUCUUAUGGCUUCAUCCCGAUACCCGGUACUCUUCUCAGCGAGAUAUUUCCGGCGAACCUCAAGAAUUUGGCUUCUCUUUCCAUUGGCUCAAGUAAUGCCAUGUUAUCCUUCCUAUUCAUCAAGAGCUUUCAGCCUUUUAUCGAUGCAGCUGGAGAAACAAUCGUCUUCUGGACCUAUGGGUUUGUCGUACUUACAGCAGUGCCCUAUGUAUGGUAUUUGAUCCCGGAAACGAAGGGCAAGAGCUUGCUGGAAAUCCAGCGAUCCAGCGAUCCAUUAAAUAAAGGUGUCGUAAAUUAUCAAAGUUGUGAUAAAAAAUUUAAUUCUAUAUUUGUCAUUGAUUCUUCAUUUAAAAAAAAUCAAAGAGAUGAUGAAACUCGAUAUUCAUCAAAAGCAUAGUUUAUAUAAAAGCAGUUUACAUAAAAAAGUACUUCUAAGUAUUUCUAAGUAUUUCUAAGAGAUUUCA